UCAUUGGUCGCGAUUGACGGAUCCGACGCUCGGUCGUUUUCGUCGUUCAUCAUUACGGAAUGGAGGCUUUGCAGCCAUGGUAUGUCAGACAUGGAGCAAAGGUGCUAGGCAUCAUAACCGCGUUCAUGUGUUUCAUUUGUGGGAUUACGGCAAUGAUCUCAGUGUCCAUUGGCUGUAUUAUCGGUGGAGUACUGUUAAUACUAAUCGGUAUAUGCGUUGUGACCCUAGAGGUGCCGUUUUGUUGCACCAUGGUACCCCAACUGCAAAGGAUUGCUGCGUUCAGCGAAAAUCGAUCUCCACUCCAACGAACCAUAUUUUAUGCCCUGUUAGCCACUUCUUUUCAAUUUAUUUAACAUCAAUGUCCACUCCUAGUGCCGCAAUUUUGCCCCUCGGCAUGUGCUUUGGUGUUUCAACCAUAUUUGCCGCUUUGGCUCUCGUGGGUUCAUGCGUGUUCAACGUUUGGCGCUUCAUUAGAGAUCGGCGGGCCAAGAAAGCGCAUUCCGAAGGUGGUGGUGGAGGUGUCCUCAUUGGGUCCGGGUCACCGGCUACCAUUUCUACCGAACCGGGCUACCCGCAACCCAGUCAAGGUGUUGGUGCUGAUGCGAGUGCCUUUCACGGCCAGCAAUACGAAAAAGCCGCUGUCGAAGCUGUUCGAGGCGUCGUUGCUGGUGGUACUGGUGCUGGUUAUCGUGGAGCGUACUGAAAUACAUUUUUCAGAUUGUGGUGGUAUCAUUCCUGGUUAUUAUCCUGUUUCCAGCGCGUCGUUUCUCAUCAGCACGCUACCUGGCAUACCUCAUCCCAUCUCCAUUGUCUUGUGCGUUUUCUAGUAAUCGCCAUUCCGAUAUCUGUGAUGAGCACCUGCUGCUGCACCUGUCCCCACACAUCUGGAGUCUGCAUUUAUUUCCUCGCUCUUUUCCACAUUUGCUUUUCCGCGCAACAUUUGUAAACUGGUUCCUAACACAAUGUUCGUUCUCUGUUAUCAACAGUCUUUUUUUGAUCCUUUAUAUUUAAACUCGUCGCUUCCGUCUUAUAGAUUGCAUCUCCAAAUUGAAUGUUGUGCUUUGCUUUACCAUUUUUUCUGCGUUAUUAUCUUGGCUGUUCUGAUAAGCGUUGAUAUGAAGUCAAUUCUCGGUACUGGAUCCAUCGGUCUCUCUUACUCUUUUUAUUUUAGUCCGUUUUAAGUUGUGUUCGCCCUGAUUGCCAUGCGAUGCCAUAACAAUUCCGAGGCGUCACAUUUUUUACAGUGUGGAAAACCGGUGGACCACAUCGCGCCGAAACUUCAACCGCGUGACUUGCCGAAUUUCUAUUUUGCCAACUUUUUAUUUUAACCUACAAAUACAAUGACAAUUUAUUUA